AUGCUGGCAGCUUUCGAAGCCGACAGCCUGGCAGAUGGCGAUUCCUCGCCGCGUGCGGCCGUAGUCUGCGAACGCUUAGGACAUUGGGUAAGCAACCUGGAUGGAAAAAACUUGGGCUUUGUGGUGUCUGAUACGAAGAAGUUCUGGAAGUUGAGCGAUGGAAAGGUGGUGCAGAAAGCAGCACAUGGGAAGAAGUGGCAAUGGAUGGACAAGGCCCCAACGCCGGCUGCUACACCGACAGGUAGCUUCUCGAACACUUGCAGCUCCCCCGAAGUGUCGUUCGUACUGCCGCCAGCAAUGACCAGCCCGAAGUCUGGCGGCUACUCUCCUCGAAAGGCAACGGUGCGUUUGGGUGCCAAUAUCCGUGGUGUCGGAGGCGCUUUGUGGGGCCGUGUCGUCGCAGAAGAAUUCCAGGGCUGGCGCUUGGACACGGGCCACAUUGCGAAGAAGGUGUCGGAAAACGUGCAAUGGCGCUGGGAUGACACAUACGCAAUCCAUGUGGAGUUGGAAGGAUUGGAAUUGCCUCCUUCUGCAGACCUUGAGGACCACACUGGCUGGGACGGUUUGCCACAGGCCGUGUUGUUUCACAUCUACGAGUGGCUCUCCUUGCGCUCCGCCUUGAGGGCAGCAGCCUCGAGCAGACGUUGGGCUCAAAGUGCAGUUGCCUUGCCUGUGGAACUACCACCACCCCAGGUGGACGCCCUGCUGCAGUUCUGUUUGCUCCAGGUCUUGCAGGCCUUCGAUGAAACUCGUUUGCCACUUCCUAUGACGGCCAUCUAUGCGGAGAUGCGUGCAGCAGCGCGUAAAGCAUUGGCUGGGACUUCAGCGCGCCAUCGAAUGGAAUCCAUGGUCCUGCAAUCCGUCGGACGAAGCUGCUUGUCUGCGCAGAAAGAUCUUUUGGCUGGAUUAGCUGCAGGGCGUUGUCACCGACAUCACAUUUCUUGGAUGCCAGAUGUUAAAACCUCGGGCCAUCGCACGCUGGAGCGCAUGGCUCGACAUUUCCACUCAAUGGACUUAAUUGAGGUGACAAAGCAACGAUGGCACAAACGAAUUCAUCAUAGCCCAAAUACGCGGACCUGCAUUGAAUUGCUGCUCACCGGGGUCAACCGCUCUCAUCCGCUUUUCCUUGAGCAUGAGGCGUGGGCACUUCAGAAGACUACUGAGGGCACUGAGUUCUGCACCCAGGAGGCUGCUGACCAGGUUGACUGGCAAGGUAGAUUCACCUAG